CAAAGCCAUAGCUACUGUAGUGGCGUUGUUCACGCACUCGAAAAAUGUACUAGGAGCCAAAAUGUCUCCGCUCAAACCGAGGAUGCAGCAGCAGUAGGACUUAGAAGCGCGAAAUGGCGGAUCCGUGUCAUGUGGACCGACUCCCAGACGACUUGCUCCGCGACAUCCUGCAUAGAGCAGCUGUGCGUCUUGACUGGAGGGAUGCUGGAGUAUGGGCUCUGGAGGAGAAGGGAUGCCGCACAGACUCCAGAACCGAAUGGGCGCAGGUCAGGGAGCUGUGCCGCUUACAAGGCGUCUCCACGCGUUUCUACCUCAUUGCUUCCACCGUCCGGAACCUGCACUGUAGGAUCAGUCCUCGAGUUCCCAAAAAGGAGAUUGUGGGGCUGGCCAACUUUCUGAGCAAGACAAGAUGCGCAAAGGGGCUUUCCCUCACUUUUGGACCUAAAACUGAUCCAGAAGAUGACGAGGAUGAGGACGGUGACAGGCACCCUGAAACGCCUCUUGUCCUGUUCAUAAGUCCGGCAGAGUCCAAGUUGUUUAAGGAGAUCCUCAAUCAAGCUCCCAGACUUGAACAAUUUGCGGCAGUGAAAGGGCAUUUCACUGAAUAUGAUGGGGGGCUUGACGGGAAUGCCGCUGCUAACCUCAGGACGAGAGCAUCCAACCUGCUGCUUGAGGCGCUCUCAAAGAGCUGUCCGCGCCUGAGCGCUCUUGCGCUAGGCAACCAUAUCAGCUCCCCCCUGCGCUUUCCUUUGCUGGCACCAAGCCUGAAUCUGUUUGACAAAGCUUUUCCGCAACUGAAGAGGCUGUGCAUCAAUGGGGACGUGCAAGCUGACUCAAAUGGUCAAGGAGUGACCUCUCUGCUGAAGCUGUGCCCGCACCUGCUGCAACUCGAGCUUUGUUACGCUACACCGUAUUCCGAGUACCUGCUCGUGGAUUCUGACAGUCUUGAGGUCUUGGAAGUCCAGAUGCCUUACAUACGCAAGUCGAAACCUGACAACCUGUGCGACUCGCUGAGGAAGCUCACCGUCUCCUUCGACCCUGAGAUAGGGGAGUCGGUGGAUGAGAGCACGCUCCUUGAGGCUGUUCGAGGCCUAGAGCGCUUUCAAAAGCUGGAACUUGUCCGGCUCAAGGACACGGGAGACCUCACGCCAUUUGCUGCCCAAGCUCUGCUUUCGCUCCAAUGGAGGCGUCCCGGACUUCAGAUUUUGGUUAACAAACUUAACAAGUGAUAAGAAAGGCGUUCCAUCGUGAGCUCUAUGAUUACGAACACAAGGCCAGCGAUUGUAAGCGACAGGGUAUGAUUCCGGGGAUCUGAAUAUUAGAAGAUGUACUCAAAGUUACUCUUGAUAG